AUGAGCGCUGACAUUCUGUCCGCAACAACGUCGACGGCAGCGACCGGAUCUCCCUCGACCACGCCGGUCGCGAGGGAGAGUCAACCUGCAAACUCCAUCACAUCAACGACAUCAACUUCAGACAACCCGAGGACAAAUGCACGCAGCCAUGCCCCAAAACAGCCAGAUGAGAAGAUCACGGGUCUGACACCCGAGCAGGUGAUGCAAGAGCUCAAGAAGAGCGGAUACGUUGAUCAGUUGCGUCGUCAGAUGAUUGAUGCCUUCACCGCCUCCUCAUCUGCCUCAUCUGCAACCACACGCAAUGCGCCUACAUCUAGCUCUGCCACAGCUGCCGGUGCGCAGGCUGCAACUCCUGCUUCUCAGUCCGCACCCUCUGCCAGCCUUACCGCCCCCACAACUGAGGUAUCCGCCACCGCUUCAGCCGCUGGUGCGUCACCACCAACACCCACUCCCGCCCCUACCUCCGCGCCUUCACCAACAACCACCACCACCACACUAACCCCGCUCGACAUCGGCACCAAACCCGCGUUUCUCUCCUUUCUCUCCACACCACUACGCCAGCAAGUCGAGCGGCAACACGGCAACCUGCGCAACGCAGACACCCGAGGCCAGCAAGACCAGCUGCUGAAGCUCCUCGACUCGGAGCCCGUCGAGCACCCACACCGCGACGCUCUCGGCGACGCAACGCUGUACGACCUCCUCAUCCGACACAUCGUCACGGCUGAUGCUCCAACGAGCAGCCCAGGUACGGGGGGGAUGCUCGAUAAGACCAAAGGACGAGUCGGGACAGAGGCGUUUGCGAAAAUCAGAGAGACUAUCAAUGAGAUGCUCAAUCCAAGCGCAAAGGACGCCGAGGACGACGAGGAAGAGGAUGACGAUGAGGACGACGACAACGACGAAGAGGCGGACCAGGAGUCUGUCGCAGCGGCCGUCGACAUUGCGCCUCAAACGCAAUUAAGUACAGCCGAAACACAGUCAUAA